UACUGCAGCAAGUUACACCUAAAAAAAGUUUAACAAUCAUAACUUUUUUAAGAGUUGCUAUUUUUUACGGGCAACGAAGUGCAUGGGUUCAGCUAGUAAAUUAAAUAAACGUAAUGAAUGUAUAAUGAAUGCCAAUAAUUUUGAUUGAUGCUGCAGACGUAUCGCGUGGGUCCAUAUAAUGUAUUGGAUAUGUAAUAAUGUAUUUUGGCACAUCUAUAUAUUAUGCGAACAUUCGCGUCAAUAUUAUUAAGGCACGGGCAUGAUGUGCACCGAGUAUAAAGUAUAUUAUGGUGUUUAAAUAUAGUGUACAAUUAUUAUUAACGAUAGACCUGUGAAUUAUUAGAGUCAAUUGGUGGCGACAAGAGGUCAUGGUUCUGCUGCAGGUGGUGCAGACCGUUUCGACGCCUAUAAAAUAAUAAUAACAUUAUUGUUAUUUAACGCUACCCGAGUAACAUUAUUUAAAUACUUAUAAUAGACGAAGACCGUUUAAAUCAUGUUUUUUAUAUAUAAUUAUUCACCAAUUGGUUUUCAUUUAACGAACAUUUCCCACUCGAGUUUCACAUCUGUAUCUAACCUCCUUGUCAUUAUCAUCAUUACCUACAGCCCACGUAUUUACAACAAAAUAUUAUAAAUCGAUAGUAUAUAGGAAAUCUCAGACGCACGCCGCGUAGAUCCAUAUUAUAAUUGACGUCCGGCGGCUGCUGUGCAACGCUGUACCUAUAUUUAAGACGCACAAACGUGCGUAUAACAUAUUAUAAUAAUAUAAUAUUAUUGCAGUAUAUAAUGGUGUACGAGCAUCAACGACGUACUUUGUGGACGAUAUUAUUAUUAUUAUAAUUAUUAUUUAUUACCGUUGUGUGCGAAAUUGUAUGAAUUCGUCGUGACUGAAACACAAACGGGAAUCGCUAGGGCCGUUUAACGUUCUCGUUUUUUCGUUUAAAUUAUUAUUAUAAACGUAUAAAGUAAUACUCCAUAAGAUGAUCCGUCUCCAACAUUGAUUCGGUCGACAAUAUCAUAUCAUAUCAUUUCAUAACAUACACAUAAAACCGUUUACCGUCGAACGUUGUAUUUCAUAGCCUGCAGCAGAUGACGACGAAUAAUAAUGUCGUUAAAAUGAGAUUUGUCAUCUUGACAUCGUCUGUGGUUUUGCAAUACUGAGCUUAAAGACAGAACUUUUGAAGUCACCUCAGACGCGAAAAAAAAUAUCGAUUUUCAGUCAUGUUGUAUGACUCCCCGUAGACGACUUCGUGGUAUUUUUGUCACGAAAUUAGACGCAAAUAUAUACGAUGAUCGACUGCGCCGUUGACCGCGGAUAACGUUAUAUACACACAAUCGCUGGCGGUGGUAAGUUGUAUACAGUGUAUAAACGCGAAGAACGCUUCCGGUAACGACGACCGUUCAUCUUGGCUGCAGCAGCUACAGUUCCGGCCGGAUAUGUCCACACCGGCGGUCACCACUCCGGCGAAAGUCGCCACCACGGCGGACAUCGAACCCGCCACCGUGACGGUCACCACGGCGAACACCAUACCCGCCACGGCGACGGCUUUAGUCGAUCCGACGAACAAACGUCGAUCGCCACCAGAAAAGUUCGUCGGGAACGCGAGGCACGCGAGCAUGCCGCAAAUAGAUCCUCAGCCUCGUCGUCUGCAGGAAACGACGAUGAAUGCCGCCACGAAGUCUGCCAAAGAGCAAACAGCGCUCCAGCAGCGUCACCAGCACGGCAGGUCGAACAGUGCGACGGCGUCGACGGCGGCUGAGAGGGGCGUGCAUCGCGUCUUUGGAGGAAGCGGUGGAGGCGGUGCCGGUGGAGGUAACGGAGGCGGUGUCGGAUCGGGGUUCAAGAGCAAGUUGCGCAACUCAUUUCGGACGACUGCCAAGAGGAUCCGGCAGCAGCAAUCGGCCAUCGACGCGCUGGCCAAAAAUAGCCAAAUGCUCGGGCUGCACAACCUCCAGGACAGUCCCAGGACGAUGCAGGUGCAACGGGCCUUUAGCCGGGAGAUCCCUGGUCAGUCGUCUAAAAAUCGACAGCAAAAUCAACCAGGUGUGGUGUUGUAUUCGUCUUCGGGAAGUGACCAUAGUCUCGGAAGAGAGAGGUCGCCGACUAUUAGCAGCUACCCAAAAGGAUCUCCUUCGCUGUGGACAGGCACUUGCAGCCCAUUAGGUGGCUCGCAGUUUUCGUUGGCCACUCAAAACACGUGCUGUUGUCAGCAUGUGGUUAACAACUGCAAAAUGAUGAUAGAAAACAACAAUAAUAUGUGGCAACAAAAUUCGUUCAAACACAAUAGGGGCAAUAAUGGGGGACCAAAAAAUUCAAACGGAGAACCAUACGAAGACAGUGAUGGUCUAACGUGGAGGAGGUUGCACAUGAGCAGAGCAAAACUCAAAGCUACAGCUACCACAUCUGAACUCUUAUCCGGAUUUGCUAUGGUGGCGAUGGUGGAGCUGCAGAUCAACGAGCCAACUAUGGUACCUGAAUGGCUGUUCAUCAUGUUCGCGGUGUGCACCACCGUGCUGGUGGCCGUGCACAUAUUCGCGUUGAUGAUCAGCACGUACCUGUUGCCCAACGUGGACGCCAUCAGCAAGCUACAGAGCACCAAGCUGAUCCAGGAGUCGCCGCACGAGCGCAUGCGCGGCUUCGUCGAGCUGGCCUGGGCGUUCUCCACUGUGCUCGGACUGUUCCUGUUCCUGGUCGAGGUGGCCAUACUGUGCUGGGUCAAGUUCUGGGACCACUCGUUCCGGGCCGCAAUGGCCGCCACCAUAAUCGUCAUACCGGUUCUGGUAAUAUUUGUGUUCUUCGUGUUCCACUUCUACCGGAACCUGGUCGUGUACAAAUGUGAGUCCACCGUGUCCGACAUCAAGGAACUGGAGGCCAUGAAGAAGAAACUGGAUGUGGCCGGUACCACCAAAGUCGUCUGACACGCGCGGCGGCCGAUCGGUAGUUUUACGUAAUGUUAUUAUUGUUAAUCCUGGGCUCGUAUAAGUUCGUGUACGAAAAACAACAAAAAGCGCGCACAAGUAAUAUAAGCUGCGUGUACUUGUGCACUAAAAAGUUCCGAAAUAUAUGCAUUUAUAUUCACUAAAAAUAAAAUACUAUAUUAUGCCCUUAAAUAUUAAUAUGAGUGAUAAAAGAAAACCUAUAGCAAAUUCUGAAAUAACAAGAAAUAGAAAUUUCUUAUUUUCAAUCGUUGACAUUAUUGUCUUUCCGUAAACUAAAAAUACUCAUAUACAGUAGUCAUGCAAGGAUAAAAACAAACCUAAACGAAUCUAAAUUAAAUAUAUAAGAAAUAAUAUUAUGUGCACAUAAUUAACAUGCUAAUGCUCCUGAAAAAAAUCAACUGUAUCGAAAAUCACCCAAAAUAUACAUAGAUAUACAUUAUUAAAAUUUAUAUUUUUAUUACACUGUAGUUGUGAAACAGAUAUGUACCGCACUCAGCACGUAUUCCAAUAUUAUGUAGCAAAAAACGUAAAUGCAUGAACAUACGAGCCUUAAUAUAAUAAUAAUCUAAUAGUAAUUUAUUAUACCAUCGUCGUCUUAAAAUUAUUAUUAUUUUAUAAUCGUUAUUAUUAUUAUUACUA